CCUUCCACGUCGACGGGCAGCUAUGCAGGAAUAGGUGAAUUGGAAUGCGCGGUAAGGUUAGGAAGAUCAUCCCCUGACUCUCGCUGGAAGACGCACCGACAACACCCCAGUCGCGCCAGUCACCUCGGGUAGGGAUCCGCAACCAUGCAGGUAUUUCUGCGAGCAUCCCGGCAUGUCGUCUCGAGGGUUGGGAGGGGUCUUAUUAGGCUGCUGACUCAGGUCGUUCGAACCCCUGUGACUGGGACAUGUCCAGCCACCUCUUGCUUCCGAAGGUUCGACCGUCAACGGCAGGUGUAGCACGUGUACAUUCUAAAUGAUUAGUCGGCUCAUGUACCUUCACCGGACCCGUGUUGGUCGGUUCUUGGACAGAAACGAGCAUUAUCGAGUCACUUUUCGUCCCGGAAAUCCGAGCAAAAUGAGAUACCUGGGCCCUUCAGGAAUCAGGUCUUGUACCUCGUCAACGCAGGGCCGACAGGGUUCUCUUCAGCGCGGAUACCCAUGCCCGGGACUGAAAACGUGCCGCUACUGUGGUACUCAUAUUGGCGGUUCCUCGAAUUUGGCGGCCCAGCGAGGCGGCGGUGGCAGUUCGUCUAACCAAAGUCAAAGCACCACUUUGGUAAUGAACACCAAACCCGCAGAAUCCUUCCGCCAUUGCUCGAUCAUAAGAGGCUCAUAUUCAAAUCAUUCAACGGAAUCACAGCCAUUGUCUAGCCUGGAGCUCACACAAUUGGUCCAAGCAGUUGCCUCUUCCCUGCCUUGUGGAGCAUUGCUUGUAUUGCCGAUAAGGACGCUUAAGUCCUACCCCUCCGCACGGCGCACGGUCCAUAUCAAUUCAACUUCCGACUCCAAAGCCUGCCCUACGGGAAAUCCGCGCCGAUCGUUUGUGAAUCCUUUGCUGGGGUACUCCGUACAAAUCGACUCCUCCUUCAGUUUCGCUCUCCGGCUCUGUCUGAUCGUGCAGGCACUUAGACAGGACGACGUCUGUGAAGUCUUCAUGAAGGGAGACAGUCAGUACGAUUGAGCAGCUGCAAGAUGCUACGACGCGCGACAAAUCGGUAGCAUAGUAGCAUACCCUCGUCCUCGGUCAGCCUGUCGAACCACCGUCUGCUAUAGUCACCCUACACCUGUCUUGAUUCCGGUCUUAUUGCCGCAAUCUCCAGCACAGACGUACUACUCUGACCAGCUGCA